GGCUUCCAUUUCUGAAACGAAGAGACGCCGCCGCCGCUUUCGCGUAGAGUCGUCGUCUUUUUUAUACAUUUAAGUAAAUAAACUCGGAUUCUUAUCACGUUGUAGGACCGGUUCCUAUACGCAGCGAGUGAUAAAACAGCACGUGUUCAUUGAGGGGAUCUGUUUGAGCGUUAGCCGAAUUUGAAGCUAGCAUUUUAUUUGAUAUUUUAACUUUACUUCUCGGCGUUUUCCGCCGUUUUUUUUUUCGCUUUCGCCGCCCCACUCACUCAACCCCCUUGUGUGUGAGUAGGGGCCUGCAACGUUGGUUUAGCCACGAGGAGCGUCCCUACUGUUGAAGCGAUGGCGGAGUUCGGCAACGGACUCGCGGAUGAUUCUCUACUAGAUUCAGACUCCGGACAUCCCGAGCUGGAAGACCAUGGUGUCGGCGAUGAAGACCCGGGGUUAGAAGAAGGGGAGGCCGCGAUUGAAGACCCGGAACUGGAGGCAAUUAAGGCCCGGGUCCGGGAAAUGGAGGAAGAGGCAGAAAAGCUGAAGGAGCUACAGAACGAGGUGGAGAAACAGAUGAAUCUCAGCCCUCCACCAGUUGGUCCUGUCAUCAUGUCAAUCGAGGAGAAAAUGGAGGCAGAUGGCAGAUCUAUUUAUGUCGGCAAUGUGGAUUAUGGCGCCACAGCAGAAGAGCUGGAGGCUCACUUUCAUGGCUGCGGAUCAGUAAACAGAGUCACCAUCUUGUGUGACAAAUACACGGGACAUCCCAAGGGGUUUGCUUAUAUUGAGUUUGCAGAUAAAGAGUCUGUUAGAACGGCCAUGGCUUUGGACGAGUCUCUCUUCAGAGGAAGGCAGAUUAAGGUGGGCGCUAAGAGAACAAACAGACCGGGCAUCAGCACCACAGAUCGCGGUUUUCCACGGGGUCGGUUCCGAUCACGAGGAGGCAACUUCUCCUCGCGUGCACGCUACUACAGUGGCUACACGCCACCACCCAGAGGCAGAGGACGGGCCUUCAGGGGCCGAGGGCGAACAACAUCGUGGUAUUCCCCUUACUAAACACCCCCCAAUACUCCCUUACUAUCAACCCUCCCACCAUCUGUUUCAUUACAAAUAAACAUACACACACACACACACACACACACACAGCCCCCCCCCCCCCCCCAAUAAAAGAAGAACACCACAGAAGAAAAAAGAAAAAAAAAAAGACAAAAAUGAGAGGGGGUGGGGGGGAUCCUCCUGGACAGAGAAACUGGCCGUGGUGUGAGAUAGUGUGAGAGCGUGCGUGUGCAGAUUGAUGCGGUCACACCUGGUAAGGUAUUUGUUUGGGGGGGCGGGGGGGGCAGUGGCAGUUACUGUUUUUGUUGCUUUUGAAGGGAGGGGGUAAAAAAAGAAAAGAUGGUAUCUCAGGCUGCAGAUGUGUCUCCUUUGGUCUGGCUGUGACCACCUGCUUUCACACCAUCACCAGUACAGCCCACCCACUCACCUUCCACCACCAUGGGGGGAGGGAGGGGGUGCAACAAGCUCUAGUACCUCCAUGUAAAACAGCAGCUGUGUGAAAGUUGAAGUACUUCUGAGUAUUUGUUGUGUAAUCUUGUUGUGUGGAGUUCAUCAUUACCCUUCUCACCCCCUUUGUGUCAACUGUUGUCUCCCCCCUCCCCCGUUUUCACCCUGUUCAUCACACCAUGGGUUGUUUUGGUUCGAUUCACUGAUCUCUGGACCUUUAGAUUAACUCGUUCUUGUUGGUCUUAACUUGUGGGGGGGUCUUUUCUCCACUUCCCCCCAGCUCUGGCUCGGCCAAAGCCUUUAAGUUAUUUUUGGGGGGUGGGGGGUCCUUGUCUUCUGUUCUCCCCCUCCCUCCUCCCCUCCUCUGUGCACCUUGUCUUCCAUCUCUCCACCCCCCUUCCCCUCCUCUCUCUGUAUAUUAGACCACUUCUUGUCGUUUCAGGUUUCAGGACCAGUGGAGGCUGACAACCCCUCCCCAGGUGGCGCCGGCCCCCCCCACUGUCUCCGCAGCAUCUCUGUCUCUCUCUGCUCCCGCUAUGCACACUCACCCCAUCCUGUCAGUGUGGGGGGGUGGGGGGCAGGGCGACCACCGGCCCACCACCGGGGGCAUUUACUACAACAGCAAACGCUGACGAUGCUUUUUAGUUCUUCACACUUCAAAAAGUUCAACACAUUGUCAACCACAAUCACACACACACAAUCCACCACAGCAGUACAGACGGCAGCCAGCCAACAUGAUUUCUACACAGGGAGCUGGAGCAGCGCAGCUAAAGGCAGGAAGGCAGGGCCGGAGAGUAGGGUGGGUUUUUUGGGAUGAGCAGAGCAGACCUUAAGGUGCCCCCUUUCUCCGACUCAGCGCAGUGCAGUCACGGCUCGUCUGAGAAAGGCUGACAAGCUAACGGCAUUGGUUAAAUAAAAAAAAAUGAAAUACUAAGGAGUGGGCUGGAGCUGUUUUUAGGGUGGGGAAAGUCAGGGGGUGGGGUUUGUCCAGAGACUCUUUUCUGUUCUUUUUGAAAAGGGGGAGUGGGUUUGAACAAAUGUUUUGCUUUUUUAUUUUUAUUUUUAACCCAUGAGUCUGUAAUUAGAAAAAAAAAAAUAAUAAAGACAUUGUGUAAAAAUGA